AUGCCUCCGCAAUUGUUACCGGCGUCCGCCGCCGCCUUUGCUCCCCGUGCCUCUUCUGUCAACGUCGUCCUGGGCUCCAAAGUCGAGCCAUGGCUGACCCAGAACCUCAAGCGCAUCAACAGGGUCAAGCGCCCACUCAACAGUGUAGCCCAGCACCAGCGCUGCCUCACCGAGACUCUUUCGUCGGAAAACGCCAUCUGGACAUUGACCUCGCUCAUGGUGCCCAAGGCCCCUGAGGCCGAGCUGCGCCAGGACCCCAACCCCCUCGUCGAAGCCCUCUUCAACUACCAGCUCAUCACUGUCGAAGCCUACAUUGUCCACGUCGACAUGGUCCUGCGCAACGAGGUCGCCUUCAAGCUCACACCGGACUCCAUUGAGGCCCUGAUCGAGUACCACAAGGACAUCCACACCGUCGACAACAAGGCCAACACCUUUGACUGGCCCGAAAAGGAGCAGCAAGCCAAGAAGAUGCACAACGACUUUGUCCAGGCCAUCAACAAGUACGUCUACCGCACCCACGUUACCGCCCUCGAGGGCCUCGAGGAGGACGGCGCCGGCGAGCUGCUGUGUGGCAAGAGCGACGAGGUCAAGACCAACAUCCUGGCCCUCUUUAAGACCCUCACGCCGCCACCGCCCAAGCCCGUCGAGGUCUUCCGCCAGCCGCCCCUUCUUCCCAGCAACGCCGGCUCUGCCAAUCUGAGCAGCUUGUGGACACAACCGUCGCUGUCCCCCCAUCCUGCCAACGCCAUGGCUGCCGCCAUCGCUGCCACUGCUGCUGCUAUCACAUCAACUCUGCCUGCCCCCGUCGAAGCUUGGCGCGUGCUUCCGUCCAGCCCCAACAUCUCGGCCACCUCGGUCGAGUCGACCAACACCAUCUGGGCCAACAUGAGCAUGCAAGAGAUGCAGCACGACAUGCCGCACGAUAUGCAGCACCAGCACCAGCACCAGCACCAGCAACACAUCUCGCCCUCACCGCCAUUGCACUACAGCCAGGCCUACUCAACCGCGCCCCUCUACUACGCGUCGCCCCUUGUCACUGAGCCCAUGCCCCAGCUGACGCUCCCCAGCAUGCUAACACCACAGCAAUGUGGUGUCAGUGUUGGGUACGGCGGCUUCGGCUGGGAUAGGUAUCAAGAGUACACUGCCGCCAUGAUCUGA